AUGAAGAAAGAUGACAUGCCCAAGAACAGCAGUGGCAGCGUCGUGGGGGUAGUGGUUGAUGGUUGGAUGUGGGGUGGGAAGUGGGGGGAGGGUGUAAUUAGAAAAGAAAAUGACGAAGAAGAAUUUACGGGCGAAACGGACACGGAGACCAAUCCAGCGGUGGCGGUGGCGGCGGUGAGGUUUAACGAAGCGCAAAAAACGGCGUCGUCGGAGAAAAGCGCUUUUUCAAACAGCAGAGGACUGGAUAUAAUAUGA